CGUGUGAGUAAUGAGUUUAGUGGCGUAAAUGUUUUCGCUUUUUCAUUUGGCAGUGAGAGACAGUAAUUUACUCCGUUGUCCACAUGUUUUAGUGUUGUUUUGUCCAUCAGCGGAAGGACAUGUUACUCAUACAAAGCGGCAGUUCCAUUCAAACGCGCACAGCUCUAGUAUAUUAUAUAGAAGUAGAGUGUUGGCGAAGACUUGGUGCUCUAAUCAUUUAUUUUAGUUGCUCUAAACCUGGAGGAUUGUCUGUUGCAACAACCACAAUAUGACUAUGAUGAGUCCAAAUAAUGAGCUGUUACACGAUCAAAUUAUACCACCAGUCAUUAGCGAAUCAUGGGCGGGACGUAGAUUAGUUGAGGCGCUUAGCCAUUUGCCACCUGCCGAUUUGAACUCAACGUUCGAUAUGCGUUUUCAACAGAAACAGCAACAGGAGCGUGAACAACGACGGCUGGAGAUGACUGAUGGUGAGGGCGCCAGCAACUUGGAGGAGGUUGUGGACACCAAACGCAUCACGAAUGGCAAGGUGCGUCAAAUGUUCGAUGAGCGACGUCGCGGCGCUGGGAUUGAUCGCGCGAAUCCACUUAAGCCAAUCACCUCAACGGCAAAAGGCACGUCGCCUGUUUUGCGUCAAACCGGUGGCGCUGUACACAAUCUACACCUAACGAAAAAUGGCAAUACAACGUCGGUUCGCAUGCGUGGUACGUCUAAUGCAUCCACUGGUUCAACGCACAUUCGAAAUCCACCGAAACGGCUACAGAACGGCAAUACCGAUACGCUGACUAAGGAAAUGUCAUCGCUUAGUUUGGGCUUGCACUCGCCCGAUGACCGCAACAACAACAACGAUGUAUUGGGACGCGCGAAAUCGUCGAACAGUCUCAAACUAAAUCCCGUUGUGACCAAGAAAACACCAUCGCCAGUGACGCCGACACAAGUUGCUAAGCGUCCAGCAAAUACUACACCUACGGCUGCGACACGUGUCACACCAGCGCCUAGGACCAGCUCCGCGACCAAAACUAUCAAACGUACAGCAGUAGUUUCGUUGAAGACACCGCCACGAAGAACAUCGGGAAAUAUGGCUUCGAAUACCAACAGAAUGCCGCCCAACGCUGAUGUGGACUCAGGAAAUAUGGGCGUCUGCCGCUACUGUAAUCGUCAUUUCAAUACGGACAGAAUUGCCAAGCACGAGAUUGUAUGCGAGAAAAUGGCACAUACUAAGCGCAAAAUUUUCGAUGCGGCGCGACAUCGUUUACGCGGCACUGACGCCGAAAAGUAUCUCAAGAAAGCACAAACUCGAAGUAGCACCAAAUCCGCAUACUCCAGUGCUGCUGCUGCUAGCGGCAUGACGGCUGGUUUGAAGAAGAAUAAUUGGCGCAAGAAACACGAAGAAUUUAUACAAGCUAUACGCGCAGCCAAGCAGGUGCAAGCGCAUUUGGCACGCGGCGGCAAGCUGAGUGAUUUGCCACCACCUCCACCUUCAGAGAAUCCUGAUUACAUACAGUGUCCCCAUUGCAUGCGUCGUUUCAAUGAAUCUGCGGCUGAGCGACACAUUCCGCGCUGCGCCACGAUGCUACAUAAUAAGCCCAAACCGGGUCAGGCGCCGCGAAAAAGAUAGAUUUUGUAUGGUGUGCGCCAAAUCAAUCAUAAUUAAAAAACAGCCUUAUGUAGAGACAAAUACACCCCCACACACACACAUUUAAUCUCAUAUGAACUAACAACGCCGACUGGAAAGUUGAUCAAUUGCCUCCGGGUGCUAUCAAGACUAGAGGCCAAUUGUCUGCGUGGACCGCCAAGAGUUUAGAUGACGACUUAAUGUUAAUGUAAACAGCGGUAUGCAUACACACCCUGUACAUGUGAUAAAUUAUUAUUGUAAACUUGACUUUUGGAAAAUUAUUAAAAUAUAAACUAAAUCAAAACCGA